AUGGACAAGCUGAUGGAGUACAAGGAGAAGAUCUCGGCCAAGCUGGAGCGAUACGACAAGAUCGUGGAGCUGGAGAAGCAGACGGGCGUGGACAAGUUCUACAUCUUCUGCGUGGGCGCUCUGCUGGCGGGCAUCCUGCUGUUCGUGGUGGGCGGCGAGGAGCUGGUGGUGGGCCUGGUGGGCUUCAUCUACCCGGCUUACAUGUCGUUCAAGGCCAUUAACACGCCCGGCACCACUGACGACACCCAGUGGCUCACCUACUGGGUCGUCUACUCCUUCUUCAACCUCACUGAGUCCCACAUGGGCGACCUCAACAAGGCCGCUGACGUGAUGGUUGAAGGCCGCAAGCUUGAUCUGGCUGACCGAUACAUCAACAACAAGGCGACAGAGUAUCUGCUGCAUGCGGACCGCGUGGAGGAGGCCGACGCUACCAUUGCGCUCUUCACUCGUCAUGAAGGUGACCCGCAGCAGAAUUUGUACGAUAUGCAGUGCAUGUGGUACGAGAUCGAGUGUGGCAAGAGCCAACUGCGUCAGAAGAAGUACGGCCUGGCCCUGAAGCGCUUCUUCGCCGUGGAGAAACACUUCAACGACUUCGUGGAGGACCAGUUCGACUUCCACACGUACUGCAUCCGCAAGAUGACGCUGCGUGCGUACAUUCAGAUGCUGCGUCUGUGUGACGAGAUCUACGGCCGCCCGUUCUUCGUGGAGGCUGCCCAUGGCGCCAUCGCUAGUUACGUUGCUCUGGCGGAGAAGGAAGCAGAGAAGGUCGAGGAGGAGGCCAAGAUCGCUGCAGCCAACGCCAACAUGUCGGCUGCUGAGAAGAAGAAGGCGAAGCGUGCAUUGGCCAAGGCGCGUAAGGCGGAGUUCAAAAGGAAAGAGGAGGAAGAGCUCAAUGCGAAGCUGCACAAGGAGGUCGAGGACAAGGAGCGUGAGGCCACCAAGAAUGGCAAGGCCAAGGCAAACCCGGGCCCUACGCGCCCCAAGGACGACGAUCCGUUCGGCGAGAAGCUCGCUGCGAAGCCUGCUCUUGAAGAGGCCUGGCGCUUCGUGUCGAUUCUACAACGUUAUGCCUCGGAGGACGUGAAGACGCACCUUGCUGCGUUCGAUAUUGCGCUGCGUAAGAAGAAGUUCUUGCUGUGUUUGCAGGCUCUGCUGAAGGCGCAGAAGCUGGAGAACCUGUCAGCGGAGACCAAGAAGGAGCUGAGCUCACGCCGUGCUGUGUUCCUGGAGGAGGUGAAGCAGGUGACAAACCCCGUUGUGCUCAAGGUCAUUAACGAGAAGAAGGCUGAGCUCAAGGAGUAG